AAAAUUCACAUACCAAUAAAUUUUCUUCACUUCAAUGGCGAAACAUCUAAAGAAUCUGCUCUUUUCUGCAUUCCCUUUACUCUGCAUUCUCUUCCUGCUUUCGAUUUCCUUCUCUCAGACCUCUGCUGAUACUCCGCCAGCAACCCCUGUUCCCCCUUCCAAACUAUGCAAGUCCACCCCAUUCCCAUCUUUCUGCAACACUGUCCUUCCCUCCUCUAACUCCUCCGCCAAUGUCUACGAUUACGGCCGGUUUUCAGUCCGUAAAUCCCUCUCCGCCGCUCGAAAGUUCCUUUCCCUCAUCGAAAAGUAUCUUCGCAAGUCCAAGCAAUUAACCAUCACUGCAGUUCGGGCCCUGGAAGAUUGCAAGUUUUUAGCUGAAUCCAAUAUCGAUCAUCUCAUGAGCUCUUUCCAGAUUGUCGACCAGACUUCCAAGACUCUCUCUGUGUUGGAAGCUGACGACGUGCAAACUCUCCUCAGUGCUAUAUUAACGAAUACGCAGACGUGUAUUGAUGGCCUCCAGGCCACAGCUUCGGCCUGGAGAGUCAGGAACGGCAUUUUAUCGCCGCUGUCCAACGACACCCGGCUUUACAGUGUUUCUUUAGCUUUGUUUACUAAAGGGUGGGUGCCGAAGAAGAAAAGCAGGCCGUCUUCCAGCAUUCCCGCCGGCAGGAAGCAGCUGAAAAUGCGAAACGGGAGCUUGAACCUGAAAAUGUCUGCCAGGAAUCAGGCGAUUUAUAGCACUGUGAACAAGAGGAGGCUGCUCCAGGCGGAUAGCGGUGACAAUCAGGUUCUGGUGAGUGAUAUUGUGAUUGUGAGUCAGGACGGGACUGGGAAUUUCACGACGAUAAAUGAUGCUGUGGCUGCUGCUCCGAAUAACACUGAUGGCACCAGCGGGUAUUUCCUCAUAUACAUCACUGCUGGGGUGUACGAGGAAUACGUGUCCAUUGGUAAGAACAAGAAGUACCUGAUGAUGAUUGGCGACGGUAUCAAUCAAACAAUUAUCACUGGGAAUCACAGCGUUGUUGAUGGAUGGACAACAUUCAAUUCUUCAAGCUUCGCUGUCGUGGGGACAGGUUUCGUUGCAGUGAACAUAACGUUCCGUAACACUGCCGGAGCAAUCAAGCACCAAGCUGUAGCCGUCCGAAACGGGGCAGACCUAUCCACAUUUUACAGCUGUAGCUUCGAAGCCUACCAAGACACACUCUACGUACACUCCCUAAGGCAAUUUUACGUGGAAUGUGAUAUCUACGGCACAGUGGACUUCAUUUUCGGGAAUGCGGCAGUAGUUUUCCAGAACUGCAACCUCUACCCCCGUCUGCCGAUGUCCAAUCAGUUCAACGCGAUCACUGCUCAAGGCAGAACUGAUCCUAACCAAAACACUGGAAUUUCUAUACAGAAUUGCACGAUUCGAGCUGCCGACGACUUGGCUAACAGUAAUAUCACGAUCAGGACUUAUCUCGGGCGGCCCUGGAAAGAAUACUCGAGAACUGUUUACAUGCAAUCAUUUAUGGACAGUUUGAUAAAUCCGGCGGGGUGGACUAUUUGGUCUGGAGAUUUUGCGUUAAACACAUCGUACUACGCUGAGUUUAACAAUUCAGGGCCGGGAUCAAACACCAGUCAGAGAGUGACGUGGCCUGGAUUUCAUAUCAUCAAUGAAACUGAUGCUGCUAAUUUCACUGUGUCCGCGUUCUUGCUAGGUGAUGAUUGGAUACCUCAAACGGGGGCCCCCUAUACCGCAGGGUUAUUGUGAUCACGAUUCUUCUACAUCUGCAUCCUUUUUUUUGUUUUGAUUUUUUUGUAUUCAAGAUUCUUCCAAUUGUUUAUUCAGAAAAUUAAUAAGAAAUCAAAGUACAAGA